CAGACAUUCCUCAUCAAUCAAUGACUGCAGGAUCAGGAUCAGCUUCAACCUCCGCAUCUGCCUCUCGUGUACCACAGGCUGCUGUGCGGUCGCAGAGGGUUGCACAAAGUAACAACUUUAAUGAUGUGGAAAUGAUCUCACCUUCACAACAAUCUCAGUCUGUAGCAGGAAUAAGUGCUUCACAAUCCAGUUCAGGACAACAAGCAGCAAUUAUCUAUCCACGCUCGGUUGUCUCUAGUUUGAGACCUACAGCUGGUGCCUAUACACCACAUAUGGACUCUAUCAAGAAGUGUUUACAGCUUAUUGCAGACUCGACCGUUGACUACGAAGAAUCUCAUGGUGACAAAAAUCAUAAGGGUGCAGGAUUAAAAGAUUCGCCUGCUCAAACAUCAACAAAGAAACUUGCAAGCCGCUCUAAAUUAAUGCAAGCAUCAUUAGCUGAAAGGGAUGCAUUUAGUACGGACCCCCAGAUCCAUGAUAUGGAAGCGGCAUUGCAUUCGGCGCUGGAGUUACAGCAACAGGUUGCAGCUGAGCGACAGGCACUGGAAGGGCUUACAUCGAUUCUAAGCUUGGGAGGGAAGUUACCAGCACAAGAUCUACGAAGGUCAUUUGAGCAUUUAUUGAGCAAUGAGGUGAAACACUUACAGACAAGGCGGAAACAAGCAUUGAAGACGAGUCCCAUUCCAGGAGUUGUGGAUGUAGAGCUAUGGGAGUUGAGGAAAAAAGUUUGGGAGGUACAUCAUGGACACGAUCCUUUACCUACUUCUGGAGCCCUUGCAGGGAGUGCAGCUGGAGGAGGAUAUGACGAAGAUGAUGAGGAUAUGGAGAUUGUGGUCACUGCAGAUACAAGUGUACAAAGUUUGAAAUGCCCAUUGACGACAAAUUUCUUAAAAGACCCGGUCACGAGUUCGUUGUGCAAGCAUAGUUUUUCAAAGGAUGCAAUCAUCUCACUUAUUCAGGGGCGUCGUGGGCAAUGCAUGUGUCCAGUGCAUGGUUGUAAUCGUGUAGUAACGAUGGAUUUGUUACAACCUAACAAAGCGUUAGCAAGAAAAGUUGCACGACAAAUUGCAAUCCAAGAAGAGAUUUCUCAAGCAGAAACCGGAGAGUAUACCACUGUGGAAUAAUCAAUAAGGAGCAGACAACCAGUAGAUCUAAGGGCCUGUCUUGGACACACAUCACAUUGCACAUAGCACAGAGCACACAAUUGCAACAGCCACUUUAAUACUAUUAUGAUUACAUUGAAUAUAAAGAAG